CAUCAUAUGCGGCAGUCUCUGUUCGCGGUCCGGCAACGCCCACAAAACAAAACUCAGCAACGAAUCAAAAACAGCUGCAUUUAACGCGAUUCGACUCGGGAUUUGUGUCCUUCCUUUUAUGAGAUGAUAUGCCGACUCUGCCUGGAGGAUGCUGAGCACGGGGUGCCCAUUUUCGGGCAGGAAUCGCCAGUGGGGCAACCGGCGCUUCGCCAGCUUGCCGAGCUGAUCGAGCGACAUCUGCUGCUGGUGUUGGCGGAUAACGAUGCAGUGUCCACGUGCCUGUGCAACCGCUGCUGGCGGCAGCUGGUCGAAAUCGAGCACUUCUGUUCCAUGGUGGCGGAGAAGCAGCGGUCGCUGCACCGCUCCCUGCAGCUUAAAACGGAGUUGCCGGAGCUGCCCGAACUGACGGAGCCGGAGCCCGCCCUGGUUGUGUGGAACACAGAGUCUCCGAUCGAGCCAAAGCUUAGCUACGAGGGCGAUGACAUUAAGGACCACAUACUGUGCGAGCCCGUCAUCGACGCCUUGUCAGCGGGCGAUGAAAAGGACAGUGACUAUGGCGACACCUUUGAGCCGGACUUUGAGCCGGAAUCGCAGCCGGAUGAAGAAGAGCCCGAGCCGGAUCCGGUGAAACCACGCCCCCGAGGAAGGCCGCGCAAAACGGCGCUGCAGCAAACGCAUCAGAUCAUCAAAAGGAAGUACGAGAAGCGCAAACAGCAGAACAAGGCCAAGAUCACAGAGUUAUCAUUGAGGGAAUCAAGGGCCCGGCAAAGGGAGCUCAAACGCAGCAGUGCUGGAGCAGAGGACGAUCAGGAUGGCGACGAAGACGAAGAGGAGGAAGAGGAUGCCAGGGGCGAGCUAACUCCAGAUGCCGAUGAACAGCCAAAGCCUCGCGGCAAACGUGGUCGACCCAAGACCAAGAAACUGAUCACCGGCGACGAUAAUGAUGAUCCCUCGGAGGCGCCCGUCAAGCGCAGCAGCAUUAAGGAAAUGGACGACUAUAUAGCCGCCAAUGUUAAGCUGGACUGCGCCAUUUGCGCAGCCCCGCUAGAGGACUUUAACGAUCUCAAGCGCCACUUUCGCGUGGAGCACGAUUGCACCGGCUAUGUGAAGUGUUGCAAUAAUCGGUACAAGAAGCGGACGCUGUACGUCGACCAUUUGCACUGCCACAAGGAUCCCCAGUACUUUAGCUGCCAGAGCUGCCGCAAGAACUUCCUUAACCGCAACAGUCAGGUGAUGCACAUGCUGCGCUUUCAUUCGCAGCAGCAGGAGCUGGUCCACCAGUGCGCCAUCUGCGAGGCGCGCUUUGCCAAGAAAUUCCUGCUGACCAUGCACCUAAAGGGACACAAGGGCACCGAGCGUCCCGAGGUGUGCGACACCUGCAGCAAGACAUUCCGCACCAAGUUCGAGCUAAGUGCCCAUGUAAAGCGCAUGCAUGCGGCGGAUUUUACGCCCAUCAUAUGCGACAUUUGCGGUACACACUUCAGGAGCAAGGCCAACUUCCUCAUCCACAAGAAGGCGCUGCAUCCGGACGGGCCCGUGGCGGAGGUGCAGUGUACCCUGUGCGGCCGCUGGCUGCGGGACGAACGGAGCCUGCGCAAGCAUCUGGCACGCCACGAUGACCGCGACGGCGACACCAAGUACCGAUGCCUGCUCUGCAAUGCAGAGAAGUCAUCCCGUGCCGCACUCAGCAGCCACAUGCGGUACCAUCACUCCGCCAAGCGGCACAAGUGCAGUCUCUGCGACAAGGAGUUUAAGCUGCCGCGGGCAUUAGCCGAGCACAUGGCCACUCACACAGGCAUCGAUCUGUACCAAUGCCAGUUCUGCACACGCACCUUCAAGUCUCACGCCAACAUGCACAACCACAAGAAGAAGAUGCAUCCCAACGACUGGGUGAGAAAGUACUCGCAGCCCAGCAGUAGCAUUACCUCCACAGCGGCUCCAGUUGCUCUCCCCAAUCAUCCUAACCAGAUUGCUCCUCCAGCGGCAGUUCCAGCCAACUUAGCCGGACACAUGCUGCCCCCACUUGGUGGCAUUGCCAAGUCGCUGAUUGAAAUACCCGAUACCGAGGGUUUCGACUUUGUCAGCAACAGCUCCGUGUGCCCCACGCCCGACUGAAUUUCUGUGUGUGUGUUUGGUGUCUGUCUCUGCUAAUUUGUGUAAACGUUCCCUGGUCGGGAUUUAUGUAUAAAAUCGUACAAAUAAACUUUAUUAAUAUAAAAAG